CUUAUGAAUUUAUAAAACGUAAUACGAUUAAAAGAAGACAGUUUGAAAAUAGAAGACGAUAACUCGACGAGUAAGAGAUAGAUAAUCGUUUCGUCGAUUCGACCGCUCGAAGCAGGCAGAAGUGUAGCGAGUGCUGCCAGCUUCCCCCAUCUGCUGCCGGCGUGCAAAGCAAAGAGGUUGCGAGUUCCGAAAUGGCAUCGCUGCGGUGUCAAACAGAAUCGUAGGAGAAUUUCGCAAACAUGGUUGGCCUACUCCUCCACAUGUUCUAUUUGUUUGGCAAGUGCAUAUACGAUAGAUAUUACGUCAGAAAACCAAGAUUCGUGCCCGAUAGCUGGGACGAGCAGGAAUUGUUCACGCAAGAUUACGAUACGUUCGACGAUGUUUCUGAAUUGGAACAUACGUCUUGGUGGACACACGAAACGAUAAAUAACUUUUUUCCACCGGCAUAUAUACAAAGAUACUGUGCGGUUGCUAAUAUUCUUGACGGAUACAAAGGAUCAUUGCGGAAGAUCGUCGACUUUGGAUGUGCAGAGUUGGGUUUUCUUGUUUAUAUGAAAGCAUUACCGGAAGUGCAAGAGAUAUUUUGUGUAGAUGUGGACAAAGAAGUUUUAGAAAGAAAUGAAAAAAAAGCAGAACCAUUAAUAACAGAAAGGUUAUCCUCUCGAGAAAGGGACCUUACAAUAGAAAUUUGUGAAGGCAGUGUAACAGAUAAUGAUAUAAAGUUGAAGCAUGUAAAUGCUGUAAUUUGCAUUGAAUUAAUUGAGCAUUUAUAUCCAGAUACACUAAUAGAUCUUCCUUUCAAUAUUUUUGGUUAUAUUAAGCCAGAUGUAGCAAUAAUAACAACACCAAAUGUGGAAUUCAAUGUAGUAUUUCCACAUUUAUCGGGUUUUAGACAUUCAGAUCACAAGUUUGAGUGGACAAGGAAACAAUUUCAAGAUUGGGCACAAAAUAUUGUGGAGAGAUAUCCAUAUUAUAGCGUGACAUUUCAUGGAAUUUGUAAUGGACCUGAAGGCACUGAAGAUUUUGGUGCAUUAACGCAAAUGGCAGUGUUUCACCGAAUUUUACCAAGGAAUCGAGCAAACAUAGAGAUUCUAGUACCAGACGAAUAUAUUCAAUUGAGAGGGCGAGAAAACUUAUUUAACACAAUAGCUAAAUAUCAUUACUCAAGUGGACACGAUACUCGUACAGACGAGCAAAAAAUACUGGAUGAUGCGAUAUAUUAUAUCCAUUUCUUAUCUUAUAGCAUAAAUGAUGACGAAUCCGGGAACAAUGAAAUAUACUUAGAUCGUUUAUUGCGCUUCAUGACUAAAUACACCAUCACGAUAGAAACACUGAGGUCGAUUCUAACAGAUGCAGGAUGGAAUAUUGAAGAUCGAGAAGAUGGAGCAGUAUUGCUUAGUCCUUUACAUUCUGAUAAUGACGAGUCUGACUUUGAUGAUGAUUAUUACAUGGAAAUUGAGAAUGGCGAAUGGGAAAAUGAAUAUGAAAAUACAAAUGAGGAACAUGAUGUUAUAAAUCGGGAAAACACAUGGAAUUAUGUACCUAAUUUACCAAAUGAGACACCUGCAGAUGCAAAUGAAGAAUAUGCGUUUCAGCAAAAUGCACGUACUGAAAGUUGGAAUGAAGAAUCUAAUGUUACAAAUGAGGAAAAUAGAUUAGAUUAUGUAACUAACUCACCUAUAAAUGAUAUACCUUCAGAUACAAAUGAAGAAUAUUUAUUUGAACAAAAUUUGGAUACAGAGAGUUGGCAUAACAGUCCUAAUUAUACAAAUGAAGAUAGGUGGGACUAUGAAUCUAGUCUAGUUGUAAAUGAGGUACCUGCAGAUAUAAAUGAAGAAUAUUCAUCUCUACAAGAUCCUCAUAUUGGUAAUUGGCAUGAGGAACCUAGUAUUAUCAUACCUGAAAAUUGCUCUAUUAAUCAAGAGAACACUUAUUUAUUUGAUGGCGAAAAUUCUUUGAUAGAAGAAUUUCAAUCGUCAGAAGAAUCUGAUACAAUUCACAACAAUGAUAAACAUUUAGGAGUUAAAAGUACAACAGAAUCAGCAUAUGUUGAACGAGAACUUCCAAGUAAUUCAAUUCCUCUAACUUUAAAUGAGAUAGAAGUAGAAGCUCAAGAAACUUCUUUUAAUAUGUCCUCAGCGGCAUUCAAUAAUAGUUCGCAAUUAAGAAAUUCAACUGACAAUAUUACAAUAGAAUCGGCUCUACAGAAUGACCAGAAAGAUCUAAGAUCAGUGCAAGGAAUUGCUUCAAAUUAUCAAAUUCAUAGGCCUCUUUCACGUUCAUCAACGUCACCAGUAUCGCUUUACUUUAGUUCUGAGCUAAAUGCUUCUUUGCAAGAUUUUAGCACAUAUUACCAAAACGAAUCAUCCGUCAACAAUCAGUGUUUAUUAAACACAACUUUUCAUCAAUCUGAAAUACCAACUGAAGAGACUAUGAAUAGACAAAAAUUUAUUGGUGAAGAUAUACCUUGUUUUAAGGAAAGUCUUCCAGAGAAAGAUACACAAAAGAGCGAAAAAAGCUUUUCGUUACAUAUGAAACGUGCAAAUUGUAAUGUUGAUGAGAGAGAGAUUUCAGAUAAUCAAAUUGAUAGUGAUAUUACAGAUAUGACGUCACCAGAGGCUUAUAGUAGUAGUUUGAAUAAACCAAAAUAUACAAGUUCACCUCAUACAAAAAUGUCUGCUACUAAUAUUGUUAAGAAAAGUUCUAAGAGCAGAGAACUAAUACCUGCAAAGAAUAGUAAUGUUUUACUGGGCACAACAGAAGAAAUUGAGGAAACUGCAUCGAGUACUAGCGAUAAUAGUCUAUUAGGAACUAGUCACAAAUUUAAUAAUAGCAUCACAAAAACAAUCGAAGUGCACGCAACUCCCUUAAACGGUGAUAUUAAGAAUACUUCAAGAUAUGAUGUAGACUUUUCUGCUAGUAAUAGCACACAGCAAAAGUUGUGUUUAGAAAAUGAAAACAUUAGUGGUGUUGGCAAUUCUAUCUCUACAGAAUUAAUACAAGAUACUAAUGAAAAAUUUGUGAAAAAUGAUAUAAUCAAUUAUGAGUUUGAUGAUACACAAAAUUUAGAUACACACCAUGUCUUAUCAUUAUUAAGCAAUGAGAGUAUUAAGGACAAAACUGUAUAUUGUACACUAGCAAAAACGGAUCAUAUUGAGGCAAAAGCACACUUAGAAAGUGGAAUUAGUGAUCUCGCGCAAUCGAGUAUAAAGAAAAAGGGUUUAAAUCCACCUAGAGAAUUAUUGAGUUCUAAAUCACAAAGUGUUAGUAAAUACUCUUCAUCUGAUUGUGCCAAAGAAACUAGCGUUUUAAGAAAUGAUAGAUUUGUACCUUGUAAAAGUAGUGAGGAUACAAGUAAUGUUCAUUUCAUGUCAGUAUUGAAAAGUGACGAGAAUGUUGGUACAAGUAAAGAUAUACCAAAUAUUCCUGGAUUAGUGAGUAACAUUGAAGCUAAACCAUCUUCUCCGCUUGAGACUCCUCCAAGCAGUUGGUCUCCCGAAAUCAUGGAUUCUGGUUACCCAAAUUCAGCUUCUGCGCAGGAUAUAACACCAGAAUAUGAUUUAUCGAGCAUAGCUCAGGAUCACAUACCAGAUUCUGAAUCGCCGAGUAUCGCAGAAGCGCCAAGGAUUGGCGUAUUGGAACCAAUUGAAGUGGAAAACGGUGAUUUAGCAAAUAAUAACAGAGACGACGAAGGUAACAAUAUGAUGGCUGUGGAUGCUAAUGAUAUCGAUGACUUACAACCUUUUAUUGAUGUGUUGGAAAAUGAUCUUGAGAACGAAAACGAUAUUUACAUAAUGCAGAAUGGUUUUCCUAUAUGGUUGCUGAGAAUAUUGGACAUGGCGAAUCCGCUUGAUUUUGACAUACAAGCUGAACAAGAUUUGAGAAUUCCUGAUGACGUUGCAGAUGAUGCUAACUAUGUAGGUCAUGAUGAAGGUUUUGAUAGUAGUUCUUCAGAGAGUGAGAGUGAUGUAGCUUACAAUGAAAUGGAAAAUGAUAAUGGACGUGAUAAAUGAAAAGAUUUUUCUUAAUGAGAAAGAGCAGAAGAGGGUGGAGGUAAAACGUGAGCGUGAUAUGAUUGUAGCAUUAUAAUAUUAUCUUACAUAUCAUUCUUUGAAGCUCCUAACAAAGUUUUCAGUAUAGGCUUGAAAAAUAAAUAUCAUGGCGAAUAUUUUUGUUUGCGUUUUAAGUAUGAAAGAUUGUACCUUAAAAUAGCUUGAAUAAGUUUUUUAUUUCUUUAAAUUAUACUAAUGAAUAACUACCUCUUCUUAUAUAUUUUUAACAUAAUAAUAUGAUAUUAUUAAAUAUUUCAAGCCUAUGCAAUGUUUUUAUAUAAUAAGGGAAAUCUGUAGGUACUAAAAUAGAUACUAGUUAUGUUUAUUAAGUACAUUUUUUUUGUGUUUGUGUUAUGUUUGUUAAUAAUAUUUUCCAUUUCUUUUU